AGCUCAUUGUACUUGCCAGUCAGCUGCAGCCGGCAGCUCAGUCAGCUGAUACAGGGCAGGCUUCUAGGUUCAUUCACUCUUCUCUCUCUUCCCCAAGUGGAUUAAAACUCUUGUCGCUGAGUUUCUGGGUCAGGAGGAUUAUUCAAAGUGAUGUGGGCUUGAGGAAUAAUUUCAGUCACAAACUGGAUUCUCCUACAACUUUCCUGAGCAGCUGCUCUUCAGUAAAGGAUGGCUUCCAAUUUUAAUGACAUAGUGAAGCAAGGGUAUGUAAAGAUUAGGAGCAGACGUUUAGGUAUUUAUCAGAGAUGCUGGUUAGUAUUCAAGAAAGCUUCGAGCAAAGGGCCAAAGAGAUUGGAGAAGUUCUCAGAUGAGCGUGCUGCGUAUUUUAGGUGCUAUCACAAGGUCACAGAACUCAAUAAUGUGAAAAACAUAUUACGACUGCCAAAAAGCACAAAGAAACAUGCUGUUGGGAUUUAUUUUAAUGAUGAUACAUCCAAAACCUUUGCUUGUGAAUCAGAACUUGAGGCAGAUGAAUGGUGCAAAGUGCUGCAGAUGGAGUGUCUAGGAACUCGAAUUAAUGACAUUAGCCUUGGAGAACCUGAUCUUUUGGCAUCUGGUGUAGAAAGGGAGCAGAGUGAGAGAUUCAAUGUGUAUUUGAUGCCAUCCCCUAAUUUAGAUGUGCAUGGGGAAUGUACCUUGCAGAUAACAUAUGAGAAUAUCUGUCUUUGGGACAUCCAGAAUCCCAGAGUAAAACUCAUUUCUUGGCCACUAAGUGCCCUCCGACGCUAUGGACGGGACCCAUCUUGGUUUACGUUUGAAGCAGGGAGGAUGUGUGACACAGGAGAAGGACUAUUCAUCUUUCAGACAAGAGAUGGGGAGGCAAUCUAUCAGAAGGUUCACUCGGCUGCUUUAGCCAUAGCAGAACAACAUGAGCGCUUACUACAGAGCUUGAAAAAUUCAAUGCUUCAAAUGAAAAUGAGUGAGCGAGCUGUGUCUCUCAGCACCAUGGUGCCCUUGCCUCGGAGUGCCUACUGGCAGCACAUUACACGGCAGCACAGCACUGGCCAGCUCUAUGGCCUACAAGAUGUUUCAAGCCCGCUGAAGCUUCAUCGAACAGACACUUUCCCCACCUACAGAUCAGAGCACCGAUAAAAGAGUGCAAAGCACUUAAAACUCUUUGUCUUGUGACAGACUGCCCCGGUGGAUAAUAAUGAUGAUGGCAAGAAGGAAAGCAAAGUGGAAUUACUGGGGGAAAAAAAAUCAGCUUGGAUUAAGAAGUCCUGCAAUACAAUAUAUUUUAUUUUUUACUUUGGCAAAAGUGAAAUCUGUCCUGCAGAUCUUUAAAAAGGAAAUGACUCCAAUGUUUGUUUCAUAUUUUACAUCUGAACAGAAAGGAAAUCGACCCCUUAAAUAUGACUCGAUGUUUUUGUAUGAUAGAUAUCAGUUGUAAAUAUAUUAACUUGUCCUCUGAUGUGGAGCACUGUGAUUUCACUUUGUCUAGUUCAGCUGUGUGAGGUGAUGUCAACUGUGUCAGCAAUCCCAUGGUUCAUGUUUGGUGUAGCUCUUAUUCUUUCUUUACUAACAUAAUUGUUCAGACCAAUCCUUGACCUUUGAGAAAUGGUGGCCAGUUUUAUGCAGCAGUUAAAUCUAUUUUUCCUGUGUACGGAGUCUGUAGAAGACUUGGUUGACUUUUAAAGGACAUUGUCAAGUGUCUUAUUUUUCAUAUGUUUGCUUCCAGCUCUGGUGGCUAGAAAUAAAACAUUUUUUCUCACCAUUUUUGUGGUUUCUCAUGUGAAUGCCAGCAUUAGCAGUACAGUGAUUUCAGAAAACUGUGUACGGCCAUAGUCAAUAAUAAGUUAGCAGAAGGAAGUAAGUGGGAAAGUGGGUUAUUUUGGGUCCCCUUGAAACAAAAGCAAGAAACCCUUAUAAUAGCUUAGAAGGUAUGGUAUUUUUUUUAGAGAAACAGAAUAGGAAUUUCCACAAGAUUUCCUACUUGAGCUUCAAAUAAAUUUUGAAAAUGGCCCCAUUUUUGCCUCUUUACUGUACUUGACAGUGAGUCUUUUAUGCUGCUUGCCUGGAUAUGAUACCAGAAUGUUAAUUCUGACAUACAUUUUAUGUAAUGAUUGGUGUGUGCAAUCUGUAUCAGAUGGAUUGGAUAGCUUUAUGGGUGUUAAAUAUGGAAGGAAUCUUAAAAGUGGCUAGUUAUGAUUAUCCUGGUAUUGUACAAGUGAGGAAUGUAUAGAUAGUGUGGGUUAAGAAUAAUUUUAAAAACUUUGCUAGAAGUCAGGGACAGGAGUGAAGCACUGAGAUAGUCAAACUGAUUUCACUGCGAAUCUAUUUACUUCUGUUCACUAAACUAUGGACCAGAGCUUAUUUAGGAGGAGAUCUGGUUCUGAUUCUCAAUACAAUAUGCUGAUAUAUGCACAUAAUUUGAAAAGAAUAUUAAGUAGUUCCUUGGUUAGUAGGAUAAGCAACCCUAUGAUUGGCAGCUAAUAUUUUAAAUUGUUACAAGGAGAAAGAGAGAGGACAAAAUGUUUGUUACCUCUUUUAAUAUUAUUGGUCAUGACAGUUGGUAGAUCCUCAAGGGUUGAUUGUGAUACUAUCAGUAUAACACACCUUUGUAUGAAUGUGUAACUCCAUGAAACUCCAUAUUAUGUCUUGGAUUUUUGUUCCGUUUGAAACAAACCCUGUUCUCUUUCAUGCAAAUAACUGAAUCCUUUUAUAGCACAUACAGUGGAUUCAGGCAGAAGAACAAUUCUACUCUGGUAUAGAAAAUGGUGUGUGUCUUUAGCUUGGACUCUGCUCAAAGUCACUUGUGAAAUGUCCCAUUCUUGUAUCUCCA